AUGCCGCCGACCAACUACCCGUCCAACCAGCAGCGCCAUGUGUCGGCCACGGCUGCCGAGCAGGUCUUGCGCCAGCAACAGCAGCAGCAGUCGCAACAGCAAUACAUGCCUCCGCCACCGCUCAUGUCCAACCCUCCGUCCAUGCAGUUCCCACCACCUCCACCACGCCCGCCCACCAGUAAUUCCCAGCACAAUGGCAUGAUGCUCCCUCCACCGCCCAGCGCUCCACAGUCGGCUCUCAAUGCCUGGGCUCUUUGGAACAGGCAACAGCAGCAACAGCAACAAUCUUCAUAUCCGCAGCAGCAACCUCCCUAUCCACAGCAGCAACAACAGUACCCCUACUCGUCCCAGCAACAGCAACAGUCUCCGUAUCCACAACCCCGUGAACCUCGCGCAUACGACCCUACAGCUUACCAGGCCUACACUUCGAUGCCUCCACUGCCUCCCGAUACCCAGCCUUUGGUUUCGGCUACAUAUAUCCCCGGUGCUGACUCGUUUGGUCCUGGUGUGGGAAUCCCUCCAUUGCAUGCGUCGCCUCCUCCACCGCCGCCAUCCAGCACUCCUGGUCGUUCUCAAAAUCAGCAACAGUAUCACAAUGGCUACUCGCAACAUCCCCCUACUCCUCAGUACCCGCUUGAUUCCAUGGACGAUGGCAGAUGGCUGCAGUAUAAUCAGUCUAACGCCAAUCAGUAUUACUACCAACAGUCUCAACCUCUGCAGCAGUUGCGAUCUCAGCAGAGCAGGGACUAUCUCUCCAAUGCUCCUCCGACUCCCUCAAACACCAGGGUCGUAGUGCUGCCUGCCAGAGAGACGCAAGAACAUUCUUCGCCUGCUCCACACAUGCUCUCGUUUGCUGAUUCCAAUCCCACUCCAGUCCCUCAGCCACGCGAGCAAUUACCCUCGGAUGUACCCGCUUCGCCCCAUGACCUGCAAUGGCCUCUAGACCGAGUCGUCGCCUGGCUCGCUGACAACGGCUUCUCUCAUAUCUGGCAAGAAGCAUUCAAGCAUCUGAACAUUCAGGGCUCGCAGUUUCUUGAGAUUGGCCGAUCUCAAGGUAAUAAGCCCAACGUCGCUUUCUUGCACAAAACCGUCUACCCCCAGUUGCAGAAGGAAUGCGCCAGUGCUGGCAUAGUAUGGGAUUCGGCCAAAGACCGUGAGGACGGCAAGAAGAUUCGCACGCUUGUCCGCCGUAUUGUCGACUCUGGUGGCAGCGUCAAUGGAAGCAGUUCAUCAAGCUUGCCUUCACGCCAGCGCAGGGAGUCUUCACAGUUUCCGCAGAGCGCUGAUGCAGACGGUGCCAUUGAGAGUUCGCCUAUGAUGACCCGUCACGAGAUGGCUUUCGGUUCGACCCCUACGACUGCUGGCGGAGGCGAGGACAGUCCCGGCCUUCAAAUGCCCAAUUCUUUUGCUCAACGGAGAUAUUCGUCGCAGCGUUCUGUCACGCUCGAUUCUAUGAGCUUGAUGAACAAGCAAUACGACAGCUCCGACAAUCGAAGCGCCUUUUCUCGUGCUGCUCUUGGUGAGGCCGAUAUACCUCGGCGACACAGUCCCAGUGUCUCGACAGAGCUCACCGCGAGUUACGCACAAACUACUUCCCAUCUUCGCUCCGACUUUGGCCGCCCAGGCUUUGAGCCAAGCUCACAGCAUAGUCCUGCCAUGCAACAGACUCGUCUUGCUAAUCACCCGUCUGCAUCGGCACACAAUCGUUACUACAGUAGCAACCAUCAUAGACUCAGCAGCAGUGAUUACACGAAUCCCAGCGGUCCUGCUUCUAGUCGCAUCAGUGCCACUAGCGACGCUAAUCACGGCAAAACACCUCCAGUAGAUUCCCGAAGGCAUGCUCAAGAGGGGUCACGACCCCCGCCACCUACAGAGCUUACUUCUCGAUCCAGCGCUGGAGAAGUGCCUCACAGUGCUACUGCAAGCGCAAAGGAACACAAGUCAGGUUUUCUUCGCAACUUCAUACGCCACAAACAGAAGAAUGAGAGGGAUCAGUCUCGUGAUGAUCACAUGGAGUCGCCUACAAGCCCAGCGCAGCCUCGACUGCUCGUCAAGUCGAGCCUUAAUUCGAGCGAGACCUCAAUCGACAGACCCUCCUCCCGCAGAUCAGGACAUAUCACAGUAGAAGCAGAAAAGGCUCAACAUAUACCCGAACGAGGGAGGUCUGCAGCUCGAGAAUCUGACAAACGAUACGCAUUCGUUACUCCUGAUGGUUGGAACUACAGGUUGAUUGAUCUGACGACCGUCACCACACCCGAAGAGAUGCGGGCAACAAUAUGCUAUAACCUCGGAAUCGUGGAAACACCUGAUUUAACUAUUCAUCAGACUUCGCCUGGCAAGGAGCAGCACGAUGAACCCCUGACAGACUCUCUAUUGUUAGCUGCGCGCCACCACAUUUCCGAUUCUACAGGAAAACUCAAGCUUUUCGUUCGCUCGUAUGCCACCGAGUCCUCGCGUGACCGAAUGGGGUCGCCACUACGCGCCGGAUCCUUCUCCAAGCCUGUUGACCCCUCAAUUUAUGCGCAGCUCACAGGGGACGACAAGAUGGAUAUGUCUACUCUCAAGUCGAACGAGUCUACCUUGGUCCCUAACAAGAAGCGGUCGUUGCAGAACCUUGUCAGGGAGAUGGCUAGCGAGAACCUACUUUUGCCGGACCGCGAUCUGCCUUCGGACUUGUCUGCGCUUUCGGAGCCUGAGAGACUGGCAAUACUUGAGAUCAAGGCGGAAGAGCAUCGUAGAGAAACACAGCGUAAGCAGCAGGCAUACUUGGAGACCAGACAGCAGCAAAGACUUCGUUUGGAGCACUCGCGUGACCGUCUUGGCAAGGAUUUCUCACCCAUCAGACGUAAAGACAUAAUUGAUUUCGAUCAACGACGAAACUCACCAUACGAGGAAAGAAAGUUGCUGGAGCAGGAGAAGAAGCUGGAGCCACUGAUUCCACUUCGCAAACCGCCACCACCUCCUGAGCCGAGCAGUACUCUUUUCAAAGCAGAUUCUCUUAGGAAGAAGUCAGGGCCAGUCUCCCGUACCACCUGGCCUGAUCGUGGCGAUGCUUCCAAGAGAAGUUCAGCUGAGAGCUUGGAUGGCAAUAAGCGCAAGAACCGUGUAGGUUCUGGUAUAGGUGCCGCUAUCAUCGGUGCAGGAAAGAUGGGCGGCAUGGUCGGUGCUCCUGGCACUCCUGCUUCAGCCAGAGAAUCCGCGCAAAGCCCUCCAUCUGCUUACAACGGUGGCGUUCCUUCAAAGGCGAUGCAGACACUCGGGAUUACCGGCAUGGGUGAUACUAGGCCAGUCCUUGCCGCAAAUUCACCUAUCACGAUGUCAAAGGGCGAAGUGCCUUUCAAGAUCCCCGCAUAUCUUGAAGACAGCAUUGAAGACAGUAGCAGUCCUUUGUCGAUCAAUAGCUUAUCACGACCAGCGCUUACUUUGCAAAUGCCUAGCAAGGAUAAGCUGACAAUUUCGCCUGCCAAAGACAUUCAGAAGCACCCCAGUCCAGCUGUCAGCCCAACGACUGCACGCCCACAAAGCAGCUUAAGCCGCAUGAGCAGUCGUAGGAGUUACGGCCCUAGCUUCCACCUGCCCAAUGAGCCUGUGUCAUUCGACAGACCCUCAACAGCUACAAUGGACGAGGAGGAUGAAGAGGACAAAGACUCGGACUCGGACGAUGGUCUGUUCGCCAGGCCAUUAACGAAGAAAGAUUCGAAUGAGAGUCUCUUUGCCAUCCCGCUGGCAAACAAAGUCAAAGCGAAGCAAUCCAAGACUUCUCUGAGACAGGAUCAGCCCGAAAACUCUUCAUCUCAACAACAGCGAGCUCCCAAAGCCAAGGCCUCUCAGCAAAAUAUGAGGUUCACAGCUUCUCCUGACCCUCUCGACGAAAGCGAAAGACCCCACCCAGAGUCUGCAGUAUCGGCAGCUUGGUCAGCAGAGUCACCUGAGGACAGUGCUAGGUUUGGUCGGCGUGAGAGUUUUGCCAGUGAUCUCUGGGCCAACCGUCCCCCUCCCGAGGCCCUUGUCGAACACCUUGACGAGUUCUUCCCCAACGUCGAUCUCGAUCAGCCAAUGAUCGAGGAAGAGGGUCAGGAAGGCCAGGCAAGCAGUACGAGCGAAACUCCGAACACCGAGCGCGUACAAACGUCUUUGGCGCCCACUGUGGAAUCCAAGGCGGAACAGAGCUCCAUGUCAACACCUGAUCCCGAAACUGACAAUGGAACACUUGGCAGCGAUGAGUCCACACUCAAGGAAGAUUCUACGCUGAAGCGAGGACACAACAUGCCCUCAGUUGCUCACAGGAAUCUCAGAAAGUCUGGUGGUCUGGGACGAACAAAGAGUAUUCGCGAAGUCGUGAAGGGCGCGUAUCAGAUGCCUGCUCAAAAACCGCCAAGUCCAUCUAUAACCUCCUUCUCAUCGAGUCGUGCUCCCAGUGUGCAGAUGCCACGCAGCGCUCUCAACCGUAUGAGUACCCUCAAGUACGGUGGUGAUAUUGUCCGACGCAAGAGCACGAAGAUGUUUGGUGCUCGUAUUGAGCAGAUCAAACCUCCUCGUGGCAGCCGUCUCAUACAGUUGGAGACCAUUCCUCAGGAUACUUUUGCGCUCCAACAUCCCCAAAGACAGCCAACAUUCAAGUGGAUGAAGGGUCAGCUGAUUGGCAAAGGUACAUUUGGUCGUGUAUACUUGGGUAUGAAUACCACAACCGGUGAACUCUUGGCAGUAAAGCAGGUCGAAGUCAACCCCAAGACGUCGAAUGCAGAUCCUCAAAAGAUCCGCGAGAUGGUCAAGGCUUUGGACUCCGAGAUCGAUACCAUGCAACACUUGGAUCACAUGAACAUCGUGCAGUAUCUUGGAUGCGAACGUAAAGAGUACUCGAUCAGUAUCUUCCUCGAGUAUAUUUCUGGUGGCAGCAUUGGCAGCUGCUUGCGCAAACAUGGCAAAUUCGAAGAAUCGGUUGUUAGUAGUUUGACCCGACAAACUCUUGACGGAUUGGCAUACCUGCAUCGGGAAGGUAUUCUGCACCGUGAUCUCAAAGCUGACAAUAUCCUUCUCGACCUUGACGGCACGUGCAAGAUCUCCGAUUUUGGUAUCUCCAAGCGCAGUCCGAACCCCUACAAUAACGACAUCACCAACAGCAUGCAAGGCAGCGUCUUCUGGAUGGCGCCCGAAGUCAUUCGCGCCCAGUCUCAAGGUAGCAGCUCAAGCGGCACUACCGAAGCUCAAGGUUACAGCGCAAAGGUCGAUAUCUGGUCACUAGGCUGCGUGGUCCUGGAAAUGUUCGCUGGCCGACGUCCUUGGAGCAAAGAAGAAGCCAUUGGCGCCAUUUUCAAGCUUGGCAUGUUCCAAGCUCCGCCUAUCCCUGAGGAUGUGAGCAGCGUUGUCGGACCUGCUGCUCUGAGUUUCAUGUAUGACUGCUUCACCAUCGAUCCAGCCGAUCGCCCUACAGCAGAGACUUUGCUCCGCGCACCUUUCUGCUUUCACGACCUCCAUUACAACUUCUUCGACACAGAGCUAUAUGCUAAGAUCCAGGGAGCCUUUGGCCCAUAG